AUAUGUAAUUGAUGGAAAAAUUCCCUCUGGGAUAUCUUUUGAUGUCGGAUUGUCAAUUGAAAUACCAAUUAUUGAUUUCAGCAGCAUAAGGUGAUACGAGGAAAUAAACGCCAUGGGACCUUCGUCCCCUUACCUUUUUGUAAACAAAUUCUUCUCUGUCACAGUGGUAGAACACAAGAUGUUUGGCACAUACAUAGUAUUAUUCAUACUCGCCUCCCUAAUUUUGGGCGAAACACUUGUGUUUUUGGGGAUAUGGUUCCACACCUCAUUUCAAGAACCAAUUAUUGUGGCUUUGUCUCACCUUCACAAAGGAAAAGGCCCUUUGAUUGUAAGAAGGAUACGGAUAUUGAUGUUCUGCGUUUUGGUGUACUGGGUAUACAGCACUAGUGUCAUAUUUUAUAGCCGGAGGAUUUUUCAUGGCCCCAUCAAUUGGAGAGAUGAUGUUGCUCUCAAUCUCCUAAUUCUGCAGGCUUCGCUCCUGGGAUUUUCGCUCUUUGCCUGGAUGGUGUUGGACAAAUUGUAUCCUGUAAUAAUGGAGCAUGAUUCUGUUAGGAAGAUUAUCAAGGCUGAAGAAAUACUUCUUCAGGAAAGAAAAUUGCUUAUGGAGGAUCAUGGUAGAGUUUUACAGGGUAAGAUUGCCGAAUUGAGAGCAAAAAUGAAGAAGCUGGAAACGGAUUGUAAGAUGAAAGCUACUAAGGCUCAGGCUGCAGGAGCUAUUGUUUUGAAAUUAAAAAACCAGUUCGAAGAACUCCAUCUUAAAUAUGAUCGUUUGCUUGAAUACAACCACACACUUCGAAACCAGUUGCACACAUUAGUCAGUAAAUUGUCAAACAAAGAUACUGAACCAAUAUGUGUGACAGAGGUAGUUUGGCCAUUUGGUAGGUAA